CAUAACUAACCAUUAAUCUUCAUAGAACCUAUAAAUACACAUUUCUUGAUUCACUUGUAAUCUUUAAACUCAUUUCAAAACAAAUAAAGAAUGAAAGCAACCCCUAGUCAGCAAAGUUUACUCGACUCUGAUGGACAAUGCAACGAUGAUCAAUCACAAUGUCAGUUGCGUAGAGAUGGUCAGGGCGAAUCCCAAGAUUCUAUUCUUGUAUAUCAGGCAGGGAAUUCGGUGAAGACGAUGGCACAUGGAGCAGGGGACGUGGCUAGCGGAGCGGCAAGAGGUGCGAUGGGGUUCGCACAGGGUGCCGCCAUGGGAGCAACCCACCUAGCCCAAGCUAUCGGAGGUUUAGCCGGAUUCCGGCGUAUUUGA